AUGCUCGGUUGGCCGACGCGAAUCUGUCCCGGACGAUGGCUAGGCAGCCAGCGUACCGGUGUCCGCGAUGUCCACGACAAAAGAGAGCGACCUGCCGGCACGUUGAAAAGGGUUGUCUCUUGCCCCUUCCGCGUCCUCGCCCGCCUCUUCGCCUGCGUCCCAGGCAGUGACGUCGCCAACCCAUCCGAGCUCACUCUCGUUGCUGAUCUAUCCAAAGUCGAGGAUCAUAGCCAGAAGCCUACAGUCCCUGCUUUGGACAGCUCUCAAUUGCCGUACUCGGAGACAUCGAUAUCGGGCACGACUAUGAAUCUACCUGCUAGACUUUCCCCGCAAGAGUUUUACUGGACGGACUCGCCACCCAUCACUUACUCCCCGGGGCCUCUGAAGUUCUACGUGCCUGUUGAGCUAUUUCAAUUGAUUUUGGAGAACAUCGACCAGUAUACGGGCUACUACGUUCUCUGGCGAAAUCUACGGCUCGUGUCGCGAGCAUGGAACUACGAGGCCGACCGCUUCUUCUUCCGCGAUCUCGGUAUCGCGGACGGCCACUUCGUCGACUUUGCGAGCGCCCUAUUGGCAACUCCGUGGCGCGCAAGGCACAUUCGCGCACUGUACGUGGACUGGGCACAAGAUGCGCCCGGGACGCCCGAACACCUCGACAUCAUUAGACGGGCGUUCAUGAUCAUGCCCAAUCUAGAGACCCUGAGAGAACGAUACUCCCAUUGCCGCCACCAACUCCUUGUGUCCGACGGCUCGCUCAUAAUGAAGGGUAUGCCGUUCCGUCUGCGGACGUGGGUGACCAGCUUCCGCUGGUGUCCACAACUGGAGGAGAUCCUACUCGAGCAAACAGAACUUCGCAAGUUUCAGUGCGACGCUGAUCUGAGCUUUGGCACCGCCCCGCCAGAACAACGCCUUGUGAUGCCGGGCAUGUUGCCCAAAUGCGAACUAUUGGACGCUGGCGCCGGCAUCCUGGAAACAUUCCAAAACGUCGGAGAUGCUCCUGCUGUGCGACACCUCACCUUUCGCAUCGUCUGCCUUCAGCCCGAGCGCGAGCUGGGUGCCGCAAUCGGCCCACGGUUCAUCGGAAGCCAACUCACCAGCCUCGUCAUCUCCCGCCACAGCAUCCAAAGAUGUGCGUUCACGCCCAUGCCCGAACUCGUGCGAGAGUUCAUCGCGUCCGUUCCCAACUUGCUCCUCUUCGGCGUUAUCGACUACCAGUUCUUCACCCCUCGCGACAACGCACAGCUGCGCACCAUGAUCUGCGAUCAUCUUCCGCAUUUGAAGACAUUUGUAUGGGCGCAGGACGUGUACGGCAUUGCCAACAUGGAGGACCUGGACGAUGAGGACAUGGAGGGCGAUGAUGUCGAGUCGGACGAGUCGGAGGAUGAGUCGGAAGAUGAUGAUGACGGCGACGACGACGAUGAAGAGGGCGGUCCAGCGGAACCUCGCCGGCGUCUGCACCGCCACGCCAAGUUCGGACUUUACGCCAGGAAACUCUUCGCGGACCACCCAGCGCUCGAGUUCGUUACAGCGUUCUUCCACUACAGGGACCACUAUGGUCUGAGUGGGAUGGUCAUCGACCAAACUCAGAGUCUCUAUAAGCGUGUACGGGACGAUAAGCUUUCGGCCGGGUAUACCGUGGUUGAGAACAACUUUGUUCAUACGAUCACCUCUCGGACCUGCGAUCUCAUAGACCCCAAGGCGCCGGAGGACUACCUCUUGCGCUGCCAUGUCAACCCGAACCGCUUUCUGAUGCCAAAUCCUGCUCUUCCUGUGCUGUCUACAGACUCGGAUUCCGAUUAA